AUGGAAAAUAAAGAAAAAAAGAACAUACAAGAAAUGAAGACUGAUUUGAACUUACUGUUGGAGUGUUUAAAAUAUCACAUGGACAGUCCUCUUUCACAAAAGGAAGCAUUGAUCACUAUUCAAAAAAUUUGUCAACAAAACAGUAAUGCAAGUUUUUAUUUUCGAGAAAUUGGAGGUUUGAUGUUUGUAAAAAACCUUGCAAAGUCAAGUCAACAUAGCAUAGUUAAAGAAGCAGCUUUAUAUACAUUAGGAAUUGUUGCAGAACAAAAUGUUUAUUGUCAGCAAACUUUGUGUACUUCAGAAUUGUUUGAAGACUUAACUGGUUUCUUAUCUAACAGUGAUUCAAGCACAAAUUUAAAAAGAAUGUCUGUCUACGUUAUUUUGGUUCUUGUUUCAAAUAACAGGACUGGACAAACACUUGUGAGAGAAACUGGUUGUAUUUCAGUUCUGUCACAGUUAUUCAGGACAGUUCUUUCAGGGUACGAGUUGAAUUUAUCAGAUAAAAAUGUUCUACACAAUUAUCAGUUGUGGUCUUCAGUGUGCAGUACUUUGAGUGUUUGUGUCAACAAUCCUCAAAAUGAUGAGAAUCAGUUGUUUUGCAGUUCACUUUUUCCAGAUGCUACUAAUUGGUUAAUAAGUGACAAGAAAUCUGAGAUAAUUCGCCCUAUUUGUUCAUUUCUUGGACUUACUCUUGCAAAUAACAAAUAUGUUCAGGAAUACUUCGUAUCUGUGGGUGGACUGGAUGUGUUGUCUCAAGUUCUUGUGCAGUUGGAAUCUGAUUCACACAAGACUCUUUCUAGUGCUAAGCUUGCAGUGGUGGUGACAAAGACAGUGGAUGCAUGUAUUGCAGAUAAUCCUACUUUUGGUAUACUAUUGUUUAAGUACUGUAUUGUUUCAAAACUUCUGACAUUAUUUCGUCAUGAAAGUCUGGAUUUAGGAGAAAAAUUCAGCAUUUUACUUACUCUUGGUCAUUGUACAGAGAAAUGUGAGCAAAAUCAGUAUGCUUUUUUGGAAAGUAAUGGGCUUUCCCUCGUGGUACAUGCUUUAGCUGAAUCUCAGAGUGAGGAACUAAACAAAGCUGCCACUUUUGUUUUUCACAACUGCAAAACUAUUGCUGGGAAAUUAUCUCUUAAUCUGGAUGAUUAUUUUGGUGAAAAUGGAACAAAACUGUUAAAUAAUAAUUAUACAAAAGAGGUGAAUCUUGAAAAUUACUGGAUAAAAGCAAAAGAAAUUCUACACAGAAUUGAACAUCUUGAAAGAGAAGGAAAUAAGGGAAAUGUAGAAAUAGAAAAAUUAGAAAGUGAUGCCUUAUCUAUGAGCAGAAAUACUCAAAAUGCAUUGAAAUGUCUACAUGAAAAUAACAUUGGAGGAGGCCCUAAAACACAGGAUUGUACAUCAUUUGAAGUUGAGUCUAAAGCAUGUAUAACUGAGGACCAAACGAAGACAUGGCUAAAGAGUACAAAUCCAGUUAAUAUUUGUUAUAGGGAAAACAGGCAAAAUAAGACUCUUUAUAAAACCAGUUCAAACUGCAAUGAAAGCUUACAUGAAGAAACAACUUUUGAAAAAAAGAAUUUUGAUUCUCCAACAAGCAAUCAAGUUUUCAAACAGCCACCUCCCAUUGCUAAAAACAGAAAGCAGCAGUUACGGACAACAGAUCCAUUUACGUUAUGUUCAGAUAUCAUAAAUAAUGAAGUCUUCAGUUUUUUAGAAAUUGGUAACAAUUCCAAAAGAUGCUCCGGUUGCAUAGCGUUCGGAAAAUCCUUGAAUAGCCGAAAUUUUAGCAAACUUUUGCACUCUUGCCCAUACCAAUGUGAUCGUCACAAAGUCAUUGUGGAAGCUGAAGAUAGAUAUAAAAAUGAACUAAGGAAAUCACUUAUCUGUAACAAAAAAAUUCUGCUGACGCCACUUAGAAGGCAUAAACUCAGUCAUCUGUCUACUACUUCUGAAGGAAAAAGAAAAAGAAGACUACGUAAAAAUUAUACUGAAGAAGAAGUAAAUUACCUUUUCAAUGGAGUUAAAAAAAUGGGAAAUCACUGGAAUUCGAUUCUGUGGUCUUUCCCUUUUCAGCAGGGACGAAAAGCUGUGGACCUUGCGCACAAAUAUCACAAGCUGGUCAAACGUUCCAAGAUCCCCACCUGGUCGCCGGCGCCCCCCGUGUCCUCCUCCUCACCCCGCCCCCGACUGCGCUGCGGGGACCCGGGACCGGGGAACUCGGGCGGGGUUGCCACUGACACUGUCACUGCGCCGCUCGACCUGCAGGGGACGCCCGAGAGCGCCCUUCCGAGCCGACGGCUGCCGCUGCCGCUUCCUGGCGCAGGGCUGCCCUAG